AUAAACAAAAGCUUUUUUGUUCUAUCAAAUCUAAGAUGGUAUCAGAGCGAGGUUUAAUCCUCUCAACCUAAUUGCUUCCUGCCAUGGGUGAUAAAGAAGAUCCCAAAACAGGGUCUGGUAAUACGAACGAUUUUUCAUCACCGUAUUACCUGCAUCCUUCCGAUUUUCCGAAACAACUACACGUCAACGAAGUUCUUACCGAUGGGAACUACACCGAUUGGGCACGAGAGAUGUCGAAUUUCCUCUUUGCAAAGAACAAAAUCGACUUUGUUGAUGGAACCCUGAAGAAGCCAGAAACCACGUCGCUCGAUUACAAGCCUUGGAUGAGGUGCGAUGCGAUGGUGAAGGGUUGGCUGACCGCCGCCAUGGAAAAGGGAAUCCGUGACAGCGUAAAAUACGCAACCACAGCCUCAGAGAUUUGGACGGAUUUGCGAGAAAGAUUUGGGAAGGAAAGCGCACCGAGGGCUUACGAAUUAAAACAAAAAAUUGCUGGUACUCGUCAAGAUGGCAGCAGCGUAUCCAUCUAUUAUACACGUCUCAGGGCGUUGUGGGAUGAGUCCCAAUCCAUUUUUUCAUUUCCGUGUUGUUCUUGCAACAAAUGUACCUGUGAACUGGGCAAGAAAAUCACCGAACACAUUGAAAAAGAAAGGCUCUAUGAGUUCCUAAUGGGCCUAGAUACUGAUUUCAAUGUUAUAAAAACUCAAAUCCUUGCCACGACGCCGCUGCCUACUCUCGGAAUUGCCUACCACAUGGUGGCAGAAGACGAAAGACACCGAAUGAUUUCGAACGUGAACCAAGUCACAACAGAACCCGCUGCGUUCAAGGCCUUUCAAAAACGUGAAAAUGGUUCCGGCGAUUCAAAAGAAAAGACUGCUGGAAAGGAAAGCAAGCAAAGCGACCAGUGCACAUUUUGUGGAAGAAACGGUCAUAAAAAGGAAGGAUGUUUCAAGCUAGUUGGCUACCCGGAUUGGUGGCCCGGGAAGAAAGACAACAAGGUGAAACCAAAGGCUGCCUGUGUAGAGAUGGGAACCAGCCCCAUACCCGGAUUAAGUGAAGAGCAGUACCAGGAGUUUGUGAAGUUCUUUUCAGGUUCGGGUAAGAAUGCCGAAAUCAAGCCGGAGGCAAACAUGGCAGGGGCUACGUUCGAGGGACUUGAUUGGAUCGGGUAGAUGCCAAGGGGGGUUGUAUCUUUUAAACAUGUCGGAAGAAGGAAGAAAGGCCAUGGUGACUACCACAAAUGUAUGGCAUAAAAGAUUGGGACACACAUCAAAAGAGAAACUCUCGAACAUUGACUUUUUGAAAAAUAAUUCAAAUAAACUUUGUGAUGUUUUUUGCGAUUCUUGUGCUAAGGCAAAACACAC